AUGGAAGAGGAUGACGGUCGUGAUCUGGAGACGGGCGAGGGGCUCGCCUUUGGGCCGAGCGUGGAGGUGGCGCGGGCCGACGAUCGGGGCAGGCUGGUGCGAGCACGGCGUGAAGGAGUGAAGGCGGGCGAGACCGUGGCGUUGAGCGAAGUGUUCGUGUGGGCCUACAUGCCGCGCGAGACCAAACGAUUGUGCGCCCACUGCGGCCGCGCCCUGUUGCCCUCCACCGCCCGACGAUGCCGAGGCGGGUGCGCCCACACCUGGUACUGCCCGCCACCAUCUACAGAAAAUCGAGAUGGAGAUUCAACGCUCUACAAAAAUGAAGAUGGCGAGAUUGUAGAGAAGAUGGAAAAGAUGAUGGUGGACAAGUCGUCGUGCGAACGAGAGGGAGACAGAUACCACGGCCUGGGAGGGGGCGGGGCUGGCUGUCGCUCGAUGCGACGCUACGAUGCGGCCGUGGCGACCGGGCUGCGCAAGGGCACGCUGGCGCCGUCGCUCUUCGGGUCGCAGGAGGCCACCAUGUUCGCUCGACUCGUGAUCGGCGUGCUCACCCACCCCGACCGACGGCAGCGUGCGCUCACCUUCGCCCUCGAGCCCAACACGCACGCCCUCUCGCCCACUCGCUUGGCUCAGUACGAACAAAUGGCGGAGGUGGUGGCCGCGUCGAUUUCGCUGCCGCGCGGUGCAAGGAAGGUGACCAAGGACGACGUGGUGCGGCUUCUGUGCAUCCAGCAGUGCAACGCCUUCGGGCUCUCCAACGGCGAAGGCGAGAUGACAGGCGUUGCCCUCUAUCCCGCUCUCUCCCUCUUCAACCACUCAUGCAUGCCCAAUUGCGCUGCGGUCGAUGACGGCACCGGAAGCAAGCGCGUGUGCGCCAUCAAGACGCUGGUGGCCGUGCCGCCAGGCGAGGAGCUGACCAUCUCGUACAUCGAUCUGGACCUGACGCGCGAGCUGCGGCAGGACAAGCUGGAGGAAAGCUAUGCGUUCCGAUGCACCUGCGCGCGCUGCCGAGCGCCCGACGCCGACGAUAGCCCUGCGGUGGCGGCCCACCUGCGACGCAUCACCUGCGGCAGCUGCGGGGGCUCACUCAUACCCGCCCCGCCCGGCCAGGAGCUCACCGUGGCCUGCAAUUCGUGCCCGCUCGUCGUGCAGCGACCAAACGACGGCGACGACGAUGCCGACGCACUCAGCAGUAGCGGCACGACUGUGGUCUGA